AUGGCAAUGUUUCACGUACUUGCAAAGACCGUGCAGGGCACCAGUACAAGUGAAGGUGGUGGCUUUGACUAUGAUCAGUCAUGGAUAUGCGCAUUAUGCUCCUUGCCAUCGUUGCAAAGACGCAAGGUGGCCAUUGCAAGGCUGAAGCACCCUGCCAACUUGGGACGUACGAGCCAAGAGAUCCGUUUCUUCAUCCUAGUCCUGGCCCCCAUGAGGGAGAAGGGGACCAAGAAUGCCCUCGAGACAGCAAGGACGUUUGCAACACUCCUGGCUGACAUUGAGUGCAGGCAGAAGCUACUGGAAGUCAGAACAGCUGUCGAGGAUUGCAUGUCUUCUUCAUCUUCAAAGACUGACUCUAGGCAGACAGAUAGUCUCUCUGUUCCUUCUAAUCCUUCCGUACCAGAGACUGACAUUGAAGCAGAGGAAGAAUUUAAACAGAUGCUUCAUCAGCAUGCCAAAGAUCUUGCCAUCCAGCAGAGCUACCCACCAAGACACUCACGUACCUCCAGGCCUAGCGUAGGACCCUUCGACAAUUUCAAUGAAGGCGGUAGCAGUCACAAAUGUUGUAUAGGGCAGGGCCUGACGUCGGACCUGAAGAGGAGGCUCCCUCAUUACUGGAGUGACUUUCGUGAUGGGGUCAUAGGUCAUAAGACGUUACAGAAGGUCAUAUCCACGACAUUGUUCCUUUACUUUGCCUGUAUCCUUCCAUCCAUAGCAUUCGGAGUACUCAACGACAAGAACACCCAUGGUUUGAUCGAUGUGAAAAAGGUGAUCAUCUCACAGACGAUGUGUGGCAUCUUCUUCUCAUUGUUUGGAGGCCAGCCCCUUAUAGUGAUGCUGACUACCGCUCCGCUUGCCCUUUACAUCAAGAUACUGUAUACGAUAUGCGAGGACCUGGAACUCGAUUUCUAUUCCAUGUAUGCCUUGGUUGGGAUCUGGAACUCAGUGUUUCUCCUCAUAUACUCUUUCACCGAUGCAAGCAAGCUUAUGAAGUGGUCUACAAGAUCGACAGAGGAGAUUUUCUCUCUUUUUGUAUCAAUAGCAUUUUGUGUAGAUGCUUUCAAAGAUUUGGCUGCUGAAUUUGACAAACAUUACCAUGCAAGCGAGUGCACAGGUGUUCCCGCCGCCGGUGGCCUCCUCAUCUCAACCCAACCGUCCAUGACAACCCUCAAUGAUAGCAAUACCGACCCCACCACUACACUCUUCAGCAAUAUCUCAAGCCAAAUCUCCACUACCCUCGCCUCAUCUUCCACUCCGGAGUGCCACAGGGAUUCCAGUAUCCUCUAUCUGCUUCUAAUGCUUGGCACACUGUGGCUUGGUGUAACGCUUUAUAACUUCACAAAGAGUCCGUUUCUUGAUGCAAGCAAGCGAGAGGCUCUAGCAGAUUACGCCCUUCCAGUGGCUGUUCUUAUCAUGUCCUUUGUCGGCUCCUACGUCUUCAGGGGAACUGAAGCGGAUAUCUUCAGUUAUAAUGAUGGUGAAGCCCUCAACGUGACCAAGUUUGAAGGUAUCUCUAUUGGUAUGGUGGCCGGCUCCAUGGGACUAGGAUUCUGUCUCUCUCUCCUCUUUUUCAUGGAUCAAAACAUAUCUAGCGCCCUGGUUAACAACCCAGCUAACAAAUUGAAGAAGGGGACAGCGUACCAUCUGGACCUGUUUGUGGUAGCCAUCAUGAAUUGUUUUGUAUCAAUCGUUGGUCUACCAUGGGUCCAUGCGGCUCUGCCUCACUCUCCACUCCAUGUGAGGGCGCUAGCAGAUGUAGAGGAGAGAGUAGACCAGGGACACGUCUAUCACAUUGUGGUGAGAGUGAGAGAGACCCGUUUAACAACGCUCUUCUCACACAUCAUGAUAGGUCUAUCCAUCAUGAUGUUACCCACCCCGCUUCAGUACAUCCCCAAGGCUGUCCUCUACGGUCUAUUCCUCUAUAUUGCGUAUACCGCCCUCGAUGGCAACCAGCUCUUUGAACGCAUCGUUCUGCUCAUCACGGAACAGGCUGCGUACCCUCCCAACCACUAUGUGAGAAGAGUACCUCAGCGUAAGAUGCAUCUCUUCACGGCUGUUCAACUCUUACAGCUUGGUAUCCUAUGUGGGUUUGGCUUCUCUCCGUGGCCCUACCUCAAAAUGGUCUUCCCUCUCCUUAUUCUCACCUUUCUACCUAUUAGGCACAAGUUAGUACCAUUCCUUAUCGACCUCAAAUUCCUGGAUGCUCUGGAUCGAAGCCACUAGGACGGUCAAGCGUCAGAAAGGCCACUCGUCUCUAUCGCCGAUGGUGACAACAACGACUACAUCCAAGCUCCAUGUGUGACCAUUGCUCGUUAUUUCUUAAGCAUUAUUCAUGAUUACUCAUGCAUUAUUCAUGAUUAUUCGUGCGUUAUUCAUGAUCAUUCAUGCAUUAUUCAUGAUCAUCACCUCGGUCUCCUCUAGAGACGGGUGGGCAAGAAGUCAACGUGCAACACCUUAUGAUCGUAGUUUCUUAGACAACCCUUCCUGUGUACCUAUCUGUACAAUCACUUGUCUGUCUGUCUGUCUGUUUGUAUGCUGUUUACUGUACAUGAAGCACAAUCUUUCUUCUGGGUAGGUCAGCCCUGAAGAGCAGCUUCAGGCUGUUUCGAGCCAGAACGCUAUACCGAGAUCUCCAAGAUCACAUUGGUUUUGCAGCUGAAUAGAGUUGAUUAAUUGAUUAUAAUAUAUAGCAUUUAUAUAAUGUCUAUCUAGUUAUCAAUUUGUAGGGGGCGCACUGUGUAUUACUCAGGCUAAACCCCCACCCACCCCCCCCCCCAUUCUGCUACUGUUGCCAGCAUUUGGUGCAUUUUAAAGAUUAAUCCAGUUGGGUAUGCUUUCACCUCACCUGUGUUGAGAUCAGCAGUGUGGAUGAAUACCUUGUUGAAGCAUACUAGACCCUAGGUGUGGAUUUUUUGUGAUGAAUAUACCAUCCAAUGACUUUUGUCUUAAUGAAAAUUUAUCGAAUAAUUCUUGGUAGAACCCUUCUUCCACAUUUUGAAUUGAAAUAAAAGUAGUAGUAGUCCAAUUUUGUCCCAGUUGAAAAGGGGUCGCUAGAAUCACCCCACACUCAUGGCAGUCACCAUUAACCCCUUCCCCGCCCCCUUCACUUUGUAUGAUUCAGUGCAUCCUCCAACCUUGACCAAACCCUCGUACUUUCCUCCCCAUUCACUUGCCUCUUCCAUUGUCUUCUUUAGCCAUCCCCUCCUUGAAUCACCAACCUCGAGCCCUUCUUCAUACAUGCCCGCCAUCUCUCCUCCGCAUAUGCCCAUACCAUAUGCCUUUGUGCAUAAAGCGUCGAUCUCCGGCAUAUUUACACAAUCAUUGUAUUGUUUGCACUUGGCCAUCUGUUAGAUGAAUUGAAUGAAAGAUGAAUGAAUUUGAUUAAUAUUCUAUUUCCAUCUAUAUGAUUUUAAACUAAUUGGAAGGUUUUUGACUCUAUAGCAUAUUCUUGAAUGAGUAAUAAGCCACAUAUUGAAAAGGCUUUCCUCAUUAUUAAGAACAAGAGGAUAAUGCAUAAGUGUAAUCGUGUUGAUAAAGUUGAUAUAUGUUGCAAAUGUUCAUAACAUUUCCCAUGUAAUGCCUGGUGGUAUACAAAAAAGUUGUAAAUAUUUUGUUGUUCAUUUCAAUGAUCACUGACAUGAUAUGUACCUUGUUCUAUGCAGGAAUUUUUUGUAGAAUUCCCAUGAAUAUGUACAUAUGUUAUUAAAAAUAUAGAGUUCAAACAUAUUUUUGCUCUUCUUUGCUGUAUGCUUGAAAAUACGGGUGAAGCAUUGGCAUAUGAAUGAAUAAAUGUACUAUCAACGAGGCUAAAGAUAUUAUUCAUUGCGGAUAAUGAUACUUGCUUCUAUUCCUAUUUGUCUCACAAUGGCUGGUCAACAAGGAAAUGAAAAUCAC